AGUGAAGCUAAAUGUGGGUCAAACGCGUUUGCCUAAUUCUCAAACAAAACAGAAGUGUAAUACAAUCCGAAGUAUAGGCAUUGGAUUUAAAAUACGCGAGCACAGCACACAUUGUGCACCUUUAAAAUCGUUAUUUUGCAAACAAACAGUGGGUGUGGUACACAACAGGUGAGUCGCCCAAACCGGAACUGUUUUUUUCCUCCGUAAUCGGAAAAGGACACGGGCAAAAGUGUACUGUACACACACACAAAGACAGAAGAAGAUGCCAGAAAGGGAUCAUAACCAUCCGAGGACUGAUGCGUAUGGAGAGUACAACAAUAAGGAUAGUGCAGAUCAUUCGCACAAGUAUGACAGCAGAGCUCGCAACCACAAACCAAGAGCUGGGGACGACAGAAGCUCUGCUGGUGACAGGAGAUCCAGACAGAGGGACACGACAAGUGGCUCUCACAAAGAGACACCUGCUUUUAGAGACCACCACCAUCAAGGACCCUCAACACUGUAUGAACGGUCUUCUGUGUAUCACUCUGAGCAGGAGUAUUACGAGCGACAACACAGAGAAGCUCUUUACAAUCUCAGAUACAUCCUCACCACGAGAGGUCUUUGCCAGCUGAUGGAGGUUUUUGUCAAUCUUCUCAUCAUCAUCUGCGCUGGCGUGCCGCACAGCAACAAUGGAGGCUACCGUAACCUGGCCAGCCUGGGCGGCAUCUACCACUAUCACUUUGGGGGAGCCGGUGCCUUUAAAGGUGCCGAAGCAGAGCGAGUGAUGGAGCUGGACCAGUUGUUCAAUGAGCUCAAGAGGCCUCCGUACGCUUUCGCAAUGGCGUGCAGCGGGGUUGUAAUGAUCUACGCUUUGGCAAUGCUGGCGCUGGGGAUUUUCCGAGUGCCUUACCGCUAUCCACCCGUACUGCUUGGGGAGGCUCUGGUGAACCUGCUGAUCGGCCUGGGCUACAUAGCUGCGCUGGUCUUCUUCUUCAUCAAGCUGCAGGACAACUACAACAACCCCAUCUGCAAGGAGAGGGAGCAGAUGUACAAGAGCAAAGGUCACAAGGGCUUCGAGUGCCAGUUUCAUGGCGCAGACAUUGCCGGGGGCCUCUUUGGCGUGCUGGGCGUCCUUGUGUUUCUCUUUGGUGCCGUGUUGGCCGUUAGAGCGUUCCGAAAAGUGCGGGAGAUGAAGAAACAGAAGACUAACCAAGAUGACCGUUUUUAAGCCGAUUAAACUGGAUGGCACAGGUUUCAUUGGAUCUUUUAUACACUUUCUGAACUCUGAAUUUAUUAUGAAUGUUUUAUCUCUUGGCAUUUUCAUGUUCUUUUCACAUACUUUUAUACUAUCAGCUACCUUUUCUAGAAUAAAAUGAACUCAUUUCAAAAACUGCAACUGUAAACAGGCCACACGGUGGCCGAGUAGUUAGCAUGUUGGCCACACGGUCAGGAGGAGAUCUGGAAGACCUGGGUCAAAUCUCCGCUUGGGCAUCUCUGUGUGGAGUUUGCAUGUUCUCCCCGUGCGUGCGUGCGUGGGUUUUCUCCGGGUACUCCGGUUUCCUCCCACAUUCCAAAAACAUGCAUGUUAAGUUAAUUGACAACUCUAAAUUCUCCAUGUGUGAUUGGCUGCCGACCAGACCAGGGUGUACCCCGCCUCUCGCCCAAAGUCAGCUGGGAUAGGCUCCAGCAUACCCCCGUGACCCUAAUAAAGAUAAGAGGUAUAGAAAAUGGAUGGAUGGAAAUGGAAACCCACAAAUACUUUUAAUUCUGCAACCAUUACUUCGAGCUGUCAUUCUGAGUUUCACCAACAGAUGGCAGAUUAACGGCUUGUAUUCAAGAGCUCUAAACCCAUUUUUGCUCAGGGUUACAGUAUUUUCGUAUAAACAACCACCAACCAAUCCAAUUCUCAUACGAAUGUCAAAAAAUGCACGAUAUUAGUAUGAAAUGAUCAUUAAAUGUUUGACGUCAGACAAAAAGAUUCACAGUAAAAAGUUUUAUUGCUACUUAGCAGCAUUGUAAAUAAAAUAACGGCCAUCUUUCACUCUCUCUUAGUCAUUUUUCUCAACAGAAGGUCUUCUCUAAUUAGUAAUCCUAAAAUGAACAAACAGCAGCAGCAAUUUGCAUGCUAGAGUACAAAACAAAAGUCCAGAUAUGCUCCAUUGUGUACAAAUAAUGAUUAUAUUGUAUAUAUAUAUAUAUAUAUAUAUGUAUAUAUAUAUAUAUUUCUUCUAUCUUGACAUUGAGGGCAUGCUUUCAACAUUAAAUACAGUUAUAUUUAGUACUAUUCAGUACCAGAAUGAGACCCCAUCAAUUGAAAUUCUGUAGUGGAGAGGGAAUUAUUCAUUUGCAAUGAUGUAUACAAAAAUAAACAUCAGCUUCUUGGCGUUAGCAAAAAACAAAACAGACUCGAGCCUUUCUAGACAAUAACGUAAUUAAAGAAACCCGGAGACUGAGCAAUGGCCACUUUGGUCACAUGAUUGACACCCCAAGUGUCUUCACGACAACAUGCAUACACUUAGUGCACAUGUGCUUCAUUUUACACACACAAACACACACACAAGACAUUUUGCAACAUUAAUACAUUGGUUUUGCAAUAUUUAAAACAGCUCAUACUGCAGUCUUUUAUUCCGGUGCAACAUGGCUUUAAUAAGACUACUAUGGACCCGCUCCACUAAAGAAUUAAAGGGAAUAUCGUCAGCAAUGCACUGUACUGUGUACUCCACGACCCUGUGCCCUCUUGUAUCUACACAUAGAGUCCAUAUACAGUAUGUACAUGCACACGCAUUGUCAUGGAAAUGUGCUGACUGGGACACAGAGAUACUUGUAUAAAAGUAUAUAACUAUAAUAGCAGAGAAUGUAUCGCUGUGCAAUGCAGCCCAGGCAUUGGAUAAGGAACAAACGACACACACGCACACACAUACACACAUCUACAUUCAAUUCAUCAGUGUCAAGACACAUUAACAAAGAGAUUUUUGUAAGUUUAGGUUCUGCAAAUAUGGCAAUAUACUGCACGUAACAGUGUGCGCCGUGUAGUGAUUAAUGGUGAAGAACAGGCUAAAGGCAGAGCCAAAGAAGAGUUUAUUACUGCGCUCCAUUUUUAAAAGAAAUCUUUUUAUGUACCAGUAAUCUUCAUGUAGCAUCGAUUCUCUCCACACGUUGAAAAACUACCUAAAAAAAAACCACAUCUGUGUGAUUUGGUACAUACUGUAAUAUAAUAUGUGUAUCACGUUAGUAUUGCAGCUUCCUUUGCUAAUGCAUUGAUUGUUUUUGAUGUGUUUGUAAGGUGACAGAGUGUCCUGGAAAGUGCUUAUAAAUGAAACAAAUGUAUUAGUGUAGUAUUAGUUUUGCUGUUAUUUUUAUUUCUUAGAUAGAUGUCAUAUAAGCCCAUAAAUCCAGUCAGGAGUGAUGUGUUCUGUUGGGCUUGAGUGGCGUUUUUAAAUAAAUUCAGUUUCCUUCUU